UGGCCCGGCCCGAGAAGCCGCUGACCUCGUGGCACUCCCCUACCCCCCCCCCCCCGACCUUUGUUCAAGCUGUUUCCUCCACCCAGGCCACGCUCACCCGGCUCUGCCUGACCCAACCCUUGAAGGCCGGCUCAAAUGCCACCUCCUCCAGGAAGUCUGCUCUGACCCCCUGUGCCCCACCCGUGCUCUGCACACUCAGGUAACUUGCUUCCCCCCCGCGUCAUCCUAACCGUGGCCGGCCACUGGAGGCGUGACACAGCGAGGUGGGGGGGACCUGCGACCCCUUAGCUUCCUGGCUCCUGCAUCGUGGCGGGUGAGGCCGAGCUGUCGCCAGGAGGCCCUCCCGGCUGUGCCGCAGCUGCACCCUCUCCACCUGGAGUGUCCCAGAGGGGCCGGCCAGUGAGGAAGAAGGGCACCGGGGCGGGGGUCCAGCCUCUGACCCCUCAGGGCUCGGAAGCCAGGGUGGAGGCUUGGCGCAGCCGGGAGGCCUCUGAGGCCUCUAGUGGGAACACCUGGCCUGGGGGAGGGCUUAAAGCCUGGGAGGGUGCAGGCAGGUGCCGGCAGGCAGCGUGGAGGCGAGCGCGCAGGCUCUGCCGGCCCCUCCUGCCCCAUCCGCCAUGUGGCCCUUCCUCAGCCGCGCUCUCUUCCCGCCCCCCACUGAGGCCUGGCUGAGGAGGGCUUCUUCAGACCCCGAGGCCCAGGGCUGGGGGGCCUGGAGCCAGGCCGAGAAGAGCCCUCUGGGCCCGGGGGCUGGAGACACGGAGGAGGAGGAGACGGGGGAAGCGGAAGAGCGCGAGGAAGACGCAGGCUUCUUGCUGUCUGUCCUGGAGAGGGGGGACCUGGCCGAGUGCCCGUUAGCUGACCAGGAGCUGGAAGCCAUCAGACUGAAGCUGUGGGCCAUGGAGCAGGCCCAGCGACCGGAGCCGCCCGGGGAGCAGGGCCCAGAGGGGGAAGAGGAAGACGCCAGGGCCCUGCUGGCCGGGAAGCUGCUGAGCCCCGAGACGGCCCCUCUCUCCACAGACAGCCCCACGGAGGCGGUGGAGGCCGAUCACAGAUCCGUCUACGUGGGCAACCUAUGCAUACAUAGAGUUUGCCACCGAGAGCUCGGCCCACGCCGCUGUGGAGCUGGACAAGAGCGUCUUCCGAGGCCGGGUCAUCAAGGUGCUGCCCAAAAGAACCAAUUUACCAGGGAUCAGCUCCACGGACCGCGGGGGCCUUCGGGGACACCCAGGCGCCAGGGGGGGACCCUUCCCCCACAGCAACUUCCAGGGCGGGGCCCGGUUCAGACCACGGGGGCGGAACCGGUGGGCCGGGCCCUGGGAGGGCGGGAUCCUAUUGGAGCGAGGCCAGGUGGGCGGGGCUCUGUUGGGCCUGGCUGGGUCCGGUGGGCGGAGCCCUGGAGGCCGCUCGCCCCCCGGCCUCUCUCCGGGCAGGGGGCGCGGAAGAUUCUCGCCGUGGUAUUCACCGUAUUGAAGGGAGGGCCCGAUUUUGAGAGUGGGGCUGCCGCUGGGUCAGGAGUAGACAGCCGUGCUCCUCGUGCGACCAUUUACUCCGCGCAGAGUAACUAUCCGUCCCCCUUCCCUCGGCGGGAGGACAGCCCAGACCCCACGGCCGAAGCCGCCGGUCGCGAAGCAGGGCACGGGGUGGACCUGGCACGCGGGCUAGUCGGGGCUUUGGGGGGCACCGGGCAAAGCUGCGGGCAGGUGAGGCCCAGGCAGCGUCGGGUCAGCUUCGGGGCGGCAUACUCAGGACUGUGCCACUAACGCCUUUUACAGAAAAGUAGAAAUGUGUGUCUUACUGGUAAAGCAUAAAUUAUUAAACUUGAAUAUUUUUAAAAAGCACAUGGCAACAGACCGCCCCGCUUUGUUCGCCUCCCCUGGACGCUGUUUCCUCGGUGCACACUGUGCAGAGAAGGCGGGGGAUGGGCUGCGGCUGUGGAUCCCAGACCCAGCUCUACCCGCUUCACUCCCGGCAGCCAAGCGUUAGCUUCGGGGUUUACAGCGUCACCGCCAGCCCCCGCGCCUCACCCGGGCCUGGUGGCCUCCGGGGCACACACUCCCCCGUGACGAGUGACACAGACGUCGCCUUGUGGGUCCUCACCUGUGAGGCCCCGCAGGAGGGUGCGCCCGGGCACCUGGCGCAAGCCUGGGCUUCUUCACACAGGGACGCAGAGGAGCUUCCAUGACGGGCGCCCUGCCUGCGCUCCUCCCUGUGGCAGACGCCCCACUCUCUCCCUCCCUGAUGGUGCAGCGUGCUUUCUGCCCUUUGACUGCGUUGGGAUCGGGAAAGGAAGCUCUGGGGCCCAGCUGCAGACACGCGCGGUCCUGGCCUUAAAUAACCACUAACAGAUCUCAGCCUGGGCUUUUCUAAAGCAACCCUCUCUGUCGUGUACUAUUUAUUUAUUUAUUAUUUAUUUUUGCGGUACGCAGGCCUCUCACUGUUGUGGGCUCUCCCGUUGCGGAGCACAGGCUCCGGACGCGCAGGCUCA